AUGUAUCGGGUUGGUCUGUUCUGCUAGUUACAACGCAUCGAGCGGCGGUUGUGGUCAUCAUCGUGCAUACUGGGCAGCAUCUCCUUUAGUUCCGUAGGGGGUUUUCUCGUCUUGCAAAUUAGCGAUGAGUUUCAUACAAACAAAAAAAUCGCGCGGUGCGACCUCAAAUCGUAUCGUCCGAUCACCUUGCGGGAAUGCGACUACAAGAUCUUCACCAAGGUCUACGUGGCUCGUCUGAACCGGAUCCUCCCCGAUGUUCUUCCGGCCGGACAGCAUGGGUUCGUCAAGGGGCGAAGACCAGCGGACGCGGCUUUGCAUCUGAGGCUCCUGAUCGACGAGAUUAGGGGUCGUGGGGCAGAGUUCCCGACAGCAGCGCUCCUCUCCCUGGAUCAGAGCUCGGCUUACGACAUGGUCGAGCACGUUUGGGUCUUUGCGGUGUUUGAGGCUCUCGGCGCGCCGGAAUCCUUCCAGCGCGUCUUGCGGAUGCUCUACAACGGCGAGACGUCCACAGCGCGGUAUAUUGUCAACGGUUUCCUCACCGAGACGGUACGACUCCUGUGCGGUCUUGGCCAGGGCGAUCCUCUCUCUUCUUCUGUCUGGGAUGUGGUGUUCCAACCCUUCCUUGAUUCUCUCAGUCGGCGCAACAUUGCGCUGACUAUCACUCUUCCGGAGCUGGCUCCUCGUCCGCAGACUCGAUGCAUCACCAAUUUGGCGUUCGCGGAUGACGCCGUCGUCGCUGUCGCUGGACCGGAAGCUAUUGCUUCGCUCGAGGCGUUAGCUCGGGAUUGGCGACUCGCGACGAACGGACGUCUAAACACCGACAAAACCGUGGUGAUGCCAUUGGGCGCGACGUUGUGGGAUCGCGCGGACUUGUCCAAACUGUCGUUCGUGGCACCGGACGAGUCUCUUCCCUGGAUCGGUCUCCAGUUUGCGCCUGACGGCAACAACAGGCUGGGAUUCCAUGAUCUUGAGCGAAGGGUCGAUCGAGUGAUUCUAUCGGUGCGCGACCGAUGGAUGACGCACCAUACCCGGGCUUUCUAUCUCAACCGCUACGGCAUCUCCAAGGUGCUGCACUCUCUCUCCGCCGACAUACCGCCAUCCGACGUGAUCAAGGCGAUCGAGCGCAAGCUUGCCGACUUUGUGAAGGGAGGACCGCGGCGCAGCGACUACAAGCAAUCGGUCGUCUUCACGGCACGGGCGCGAGGUGGUCUCAGCGUCGUGAGCAUCCAAGAUGUGGUGGAUUCAGUCUCGGAACGGAUCUGGGACGUGCUGGCCGGCGGGUCAACUGUGAUUUGGGGCGAUCUGGCUCGGAGUUCCAUCCGGCGAGCGCUUCCGACCUUUGACUUUGCAGCGGAUCUGUGGACGUGGAGGAACGCCGACGCACCCCGGGAGCUACAUCCCCGCUGGCGAGCGGUGCUCUCGGUCGCUGAACGCUACCCUGCCGUCGUCGAUCCUGCCAAACUUUCGGUCUCCAAUCUUCUUUCUCUUUCCCCCCUCCAACCGGGUCUGCAUGACUCGCGGGCGUUCUCGGAGCAGGAUAAGCGUUUGGCGAAGCAUUUCAGUUUCGAACGCACCAUCGCUGACAUCUAUGCUCGAGCCCAAUACCCCGCAGCUCCAACGGUGCCCUGGACCCCUGAGAAGCAUCCCCAAGGCGACGGCUCGGAGCUGUCCAACCUUUGGCAAUGGAAGCGCGAUCAAGUCCAGGCGUGGAUCCAGGUCGCAGGCGAUCGCUUCAUCCCGCCGCUUCCGCCUCCUGUUCCCGUCCUCGCACGUCGACCACCCGUCAUUCGUGUCGUUGGAGCACCUGGAGCCCGGUCCGGCGGUCCUCUCGAGCACAUCUUGCCCAGAGCGACUCCGGUCGGCAUGCCUGAUCAAAAAUUUCCCCUCCCCUCCGCCCCAUUGCGUGCUGAUCAGUGGAGAAUGUUGAGCUUGGACAGACCUUACACCAUUGCGCGACUUCGACGCGUCAUCAACCAUCGACGUUUCGACGACACACAACGCCCUGGAUCACUCGCCACACCCAAAGAAAGGCGACUCUUCUGGGGGUGGUUCAACACCGGGCCCGCCACGGCUCGCGAGCGCGAGGUGCACUUCAAGCUGGCGUACCACUUCACGCCAACGCGGAAGCGCCAGUUUGUGCAGCGGCAUGGCGACUCAGCCUGCUGCCUUGUGCAGGCAUGCAGCCUGGCAGGGGUGGAGGAUGACUUUACUCACUUUUGGCAUGAUUGCCCUGACUCUUCUCAAUUUUGGCAAGCAGCUAAGUCCAUUCUCUGCGACGCGCUGGGGGUCGUGUCGAUCCUCGACCUCGACUACACGGCACUUCAGAUCGAGCACGGCCUCUCGACUGCGCGCUCGCCUUCCGGCGUCGAAAAAGCGCGCAAUCCGCGCCUUCAUUGCGCUGGCGCUCGACACUCUCAGCAACCGACGCUGGGAUCUCCAUCGCCACGCCAGAGCGAUGUCGAGCAUGGACAAGGAGAUGGCCGGACUGAAGGAGAGGUUGGAGCUCAGAUUGGCACGAUGAAGUAGACGGCGCUCCCUCCCUACUCAAGCAAAAACCAAAAUAAAAAAAUAAAAAUCACAAGUCCCCUUUUUCUCUUUCUCAAUCUCUCCAAUGUCUCCCAAAAACGCCAGCAUACUGAACCCGUUCUCUCUCGCUCUUUUUGCCAUUCCUCCUCAUAGGCUUCCGUACUCCCCAGGAGCCUCGGGUUCUUUGUGUCAGAACCCAAUCAUACUGAUUCUCUUCUAAUUCUAUUUACUUCUCAUGCCACUAUUCCACUCCUACUUUGCACUCCUUCUUUAGCCUAUUACCCUCUACGCCGGAUCCCAGCGCCUGAUCGAGACUCGGUUGACACGUUGGCUUGGGUUGAAGUCGCGCGCCUCGCGGGCACUCGUCUCUCUUCCUUCUUCAUCCAUCUUCCAUCCUCGAUCUUGCGCUCGUACUCAACCCCUUGAGUCGGGAUCCAGUCCUCCAUACUUCUCACACUUUGCGCCGGCGGGCAUCGUCGCCCUUGGUUCGAGCUUCUGCCACAUCACGAUGACACACAGCGAAAGCGGAUCCCCUCGGCCCUCUCCUGGACUCCGCCGUGAGUUUUCUACUCCUCUCAAGGGCCGGGUCUGUUUUCUCUUUCGGUCGAGCGACUCCGCGAUCUCCUGUUCAUGGCCGGCACAAACUGCCUGCGUGGCUCGCCUCUCCUUGCUUUGCUGCUCGCUCGGAGUCGCGGCCGCGCGGCGGGUGACUCGGGUACCGAACCGCCAUACACAUCCACACUCGAGCGAGGUCCCACCCAAUGA